UGUUUAUUAACAAAACAGGCUUUAUUUUAAAAAUUCAACAACGACAUCUUCCGCAAAUACUUAGUAAUAUAUAUUGUCUGCGUUUGAUUGGACGCCAGCGUUUCGGGAACUAAUCGAUCUGUUAAGAAAUUGUGUAAUUUUGUAAAAAAAUAUGCAGAAAUGCUGGUCAAUGUGCUUAAUUUCGGUAUGUGAUAUUACGACAUUGAAACUAAAUCAAAAUCAGCAAGUUGAAUUUAUUAAUUGUAAGGUUUAAUGGCGGAAGGUGCAUCAGCCAAUAGGAACGUUCGUAGGAUUGGUUGUUGAGUGUUGUUUUUCGCCAAGCUUCGCGUCAUUAUGAUAUUUUUACAUAUCUUGUUGAUAUAAGGGUCGUUUUAUAGCUAAAAGAACAAGAUUUGUGAGUGAUAUAUUGAGAAAAAACUAUUUAUAUGCAGAAAACGAUCAUAAUUGGCGCUGAAAAUGCUUAUUCUCUUGUUUGUCACGUGACGUAGCAAAUAGAAUGGCGAAAAGAUCGGCAAACGACCAUGGCUCGAUAUAAAGUGAUGUGACAUUAGUUGUAUUUGUAUACAAACUUGUUUUCAUAAUAUACCACGUGUAGUGCGCCUUGUGAUUGACAGCUGAAAGUACAGCAUGUCCACUAGAGGUGCCAAGAAGAGGGGGAGACCCCCUAAGGUGCAGGUUACUGAAAGGACUAAAAAGUUUCAGUAUCAUUUGUUAAAAAAACCGAAAUAUUUACAAAACCUCAGCAAAGGUUCAGACUCACAAUCAAGCACACCAAACACUUCUAGGCCUUCGUCACCACAAGAAAGUGAUAUCAGCAGAAGAAGUAGUACCAGAGGUAAAUGUAAAGAUGGGCAUAAAUCAAGAAGGGGAGGGUUGGCAGGGUCUGCUUACCCUAGAAGAGGUUAUAACCCAAAUGCAGAUUAUCACGAUUCAGAAUAUCAUUAUGGGUCAGAUUUUGGAGAUGAUUCUUCUGAUAAAAGUGAGUUAGAAGAUGAUUUGGGUCUCAGUGGCAGUGAGACUGAGGGAUCUGUGGGAGACGGUGAUCACUCUAGUGAUAGUGAUUUUUCUCUCAGUAGCUUUAGUACCAUGAGUGGAACACCUAGAAGGCAAGGUGCUCCUAGACCACCAACUCCAGAACCUUUGUGGUUACAGAACAGAGAAUUACCUUCAUUAAAUUUGCCCAAAUCAUCUGAAGAUCUUCUUGUACCUAAAGAGUAUAUAAUGCCUGUGUUAAGCAUAUAUGAAGUUUUGAGACAUUUUCGGAAUUUAGUGCGUUUGUCGCCAUUUCGUUUGGAAGAUUUUUGUGCUGCAUUAAUGUGCGAAGAUCAAAAUGCUCUACUAGCUGAAGUACACAUUAUGCUUUUGAAAGCUCUAUUACGUGAGGAAGAUUCUCAGCAGACUCAUUUUGGCCCAUUGGAUCAAAAGGAUAGUGUUAAUAUCUCCUUGUAUUUGAUUGAUUAUAUGACAUACCCUGAGGUUCUCAGGGCUUAUGUUGAAAGUGACAAAACUUUUGAUUCAGAAGUUCUUCACAUUUUCAAUUCCUCUGAUUAUCCUUUUACAUGUCUAGAAGACCGUAUAAAAGUUUUACAGUUUUUAACUGAUCAAUUUCUUACAACAAAUCCUGUAAGGGAAGACCUUUUAAGUGAAGUGCCCAUGCACUAUGAUGAUCAUUGUCGAGUUUGCCACAAACUGGGAGACCUUUUAUGCUGUGAAACUUGUCCUGCAGUCUACCAUUUGGAGUGUGUGGAUCCCCCCUUAACAGAUGUUCCAGAAGAAGAUUGGCAGUGUAAUAUUUGUCGCUCUCAUAAGGUCUCUGGUGUGGUAGACUGUAUCUUGGAUCAAGAGAAACAAGGGCAGUUGUGUCGCCAGGAGCACCUAGGCUGUGAUAGACAUGGACGGAAGUACUUCUUUUUGUGUCGGAGGUUAUUUAUUGAAAGUGAAGAUGAAGUUUGGUAUUACUCUACACCUUUACAAUUUGAAGAGGUGUUGAAGGUUUUGGAUGAAAAUGAAAUGGAAAGUCACUUGUGUAGAGAACUUCAUGAGUACAAGGAGGAAAUAGUCAGGCAAAUGGAGUUGACUGAAAAAUUAACAAAUCAACUGAAGGGCAAUAAAAAAUCUUAUUUAGAGUUUGAAAAUGCAAAAAUUAUUCAGUUGCGGAAAGAAAUAGAUGAAAAGAAAGAAGAAGAGGUGAAAGAGAAGGGGAGACAAGCUACUGAGGACAUGGGGACAAAAAUACAGGGCGAUGCUUCCAGUUCUAUGGAUUCGACUUCUUUAGAUUUGAACAAUUCUGUAAACAUGGUUAACAACGAAAUGGUAACACCCUCCGACGUAACUUCAGAUAAUUUUAACGCUAAUGAAAGCGGAAAAUCUCAAGACACUACUAAUGAUGAAAACGAUUCUGACAAACAAAAAGACUCCUUGAAAAUAAAAUCCACCGUUUCAACCCCCAAAGCAGUUAACAUUGAAGAACUACGUCGGCGUACAACUGCAAUCCUGAGCCGCGACGACCUUGACAAGAAAACGGAUAAUACCAAAGAAUUGACAGAUUCUUUGAGGAUGACACGUUUAAAGUCCACUCAAAUCGCAAACGGAACAUAUUUAUACAAAUUAGGAAUGGAGAACAGUUUUAAGUCUUACAUAAAUCAGUAUACGACGAAUCCAAUUGCUUUAAACAAACCACAAAGGAACGAGGAAAGGGACAAGAAACGUCACCUUUCCCAUAAAUUUUCCCUUACCACAGCAUCAGAGUUCAAAUGGAUCGGCGGCGUUAGCGGGAAUAGGACUCUGCUACUGAAUACGUUACGCCAGACAAUCUUGCAAUUAGAACAAGUGAUCCCAUCUCCUUUUAUGCAUCCCAAUUGGACUCUUAUACGGAAACACUGGUUUUCAGUGGUAAAUGCAUGUCAGCAACCAAAAGAUUUCGCCAGGGCCCUUAUAGUACUUCAUGCCUGCAUGAAAUCAGUAGUUUUUGCCAAUGUUUGGCAUGAGCAGCUAGGUCAUGUGAAAUUGUUACGCAUGACUGCUGCUGAAAGGGAGGAAAGGAAGAAAAUAGAGAAAAGGGAGAAAAAGGAGAGAGAAGAAGAAGAAGAGCGAAAUAGGAUGAUGAUAACUGGGUAUGUUAAGUACACAAUGGGGUUCAAACACCAAUUGUGGAAGCAAAAAGGCGAGGAAUACCGAAUACAUGGUCGUUGGGGGUGGCUUUGGUUAUCUGCAUCUCGUAUUCAUAAGAUUCAAGAUUCUUUUAAAAUGGGACUGGCUGCUGGUCCUCAGAAGUACAUGGUGCAAGUGCAGGAUCAAACAGGUUACAAAAUUCUAUCCUUGGAACCAAAAGUGUAUGAGUAUUUAAACGAGAACUUUGUGAAAAGUCAGUUUAACAUUAAAGAUGAAAAGAAACCUGAAGAAUGUGAUGGUAAAAUUGAAGAUAAAGAAUUGGCUACUUUGAAGAACUUGAAAGUGAUACAACCAAUAACAGAAUUAGAAGAAAUUAACGUUUCUAGUGCUCUGACCAUUGUUGGACGUCUUUUAUAUCCUAAAGUUGCCAAAAAGUCUAAAUUAGAUGAUUUGCUAAGUAGAAGGGUUCAUUUGAAAGAACUGGAAGAAGACAGGAUUAAACAGAUUAAGCAUGACAAUCCCCAAAAUGAGGAUGAAGCUGUUGAUGUUGAAAAUGAUGAAGAUUCAAUGGCAGAUUCUGGUCUUGAGAAACAGUUAAACAACAUGCUUUCUGGAAAGGUGAACAUUGCCACUAGUAUGCAGCAACCUCAAGCUAAUCGUGAAAUUCUGAAUACCAUAGCCAAAAAAAUACAAGCUCUUCGUAUACAUUAUACGUCCAUAAUGAAACUAGGUAAAGAUUUUGCAUGUUAUUCCAAAGGUUGCAAUAGUAAUGCCAUGACAUUAGAAAACACGUGUUAUUCCUCAUUAUGUUUGCAAAAGUACAAAGUACGAAAAGAGCUUUUAAGUCUUUUAAAAAGAGCAAACAUGCACACAUAUUCUCAUGGAUCUAUGAAACUUAGUAAUCUUAUGGGCAUGCAGUUAAAGAAGCCAUCAAUUUUGGAACAAAAAUUGACGUCACCGCCAAUUGUUAAAAAGGAAGAAAAAGAAACUGUUAGCGAAUCGAGUCUUCUGAAAGAACUUACAAGCGCAGUGAUUUCGGCCCAAAAAGUAAAAGUAGAUCCAAAUUGUGCUGCAUAUGUGCCUAAGAAGACAGAAGUUGUAACCAAAGAGGCUAAAAAUAACGAGGUAAAAACUCUCGUAAAAAAAGAAGAUGCAAAUGAAAUUAAAAUGGAAGUGGAUUACAAUGUGGAAAAUAAAGUCAAAGAAAAUAGUAAAGAUGAUACUAAAAUGGAAAAUAUGACUCCAGAAGCUAUUAAGGAGAUGAUUUUGGGACCUAAUUCUUCAAAGGAGCAAACUAAUAAAGUUAAAAUUGAAGAUGAUGAUAUGGAUAUCGAAGAAAUAGUAACGGAUGAUGUUUCAAAAGCAAAAAAUGUUGCAGACUCUUCAGUUACUGAAGUAACCAAGACCACGACUGUCACGACGCAUCAAACGUUCGUGGGAGGUGUUUUAACGGAUACUAAAGCCAAUACUACUUCCACUGUUAGCGUCACAAAUGUAACACAUACACCAAUGCGUACCAUUCAGACAUUGAACGCUAAAACGUCGGUAUACAGCGCGCAGCAUAACCGAAGGUUUUGUACAUAUAGGGUGGCUAGAGAAGAAAAAAUGGUAAAGGCGGAACACGCAGAAGAUGGUACUCAAAGGGUGUAUACAACUAUAUCAACAGAAGGGAGGGUUUAUCUGAAGAAGGUGCCACUUUCUAAUGAAAAACGUAAGAAACGUGCAAUUGUAAAGUAUCCUGUGUGCUCCACGUUCUCUACUAAAAAGGGACUGAAAUCGUUACUUGUUCUACCCACGCAUGAGGUCAGGAGGGUUGCCAGGAAUGCUGGAAGGGUCACUGUGAUUGGGUUCCAUCAUAUCGCAAAACCAAAUACCCAGGUUUGGCCAUAUCCGUGUUCGCGACCCCUGUUUAAGACAUGCUGGUUGUAUCGUACGGUGAACUUGAAAGCUUUAUCUGCUGUCGCGCUACAACUACGCAUUUUAUGGGCGUGUCUGCGUUGGGAUGACAUGCAAAUGAAGCCCCCUACCUCAGACGGUAAACACCAAAUUACAACCGAGACUGAAAUACUGUCACUUGAACUUUUAAAACACCGACAAGUCGGUCGGUUCUCAGAGAGGACUCAGUAUUUGCGCAGAAAAGUGGUUAUACCAUUGGAACUCCCUAAAACAGUCAGAGAAGUUACAUCGAUUCGUAGCGGCCUUAGAAAGAGGAAGAGACCUGAAUCCCCUCAAAGUACUGACCCUCAGGUCUCAGAAGAGUGGGUGGACGAGGACAAAUUAGAAUUGUGGGAAAUUAAACAAUAUGGGGAGAAGGUUGAAAAAGCUAACGCUCAAGUGAUCACUAGGAGCCGUACGGGUAAUUUACCACCUGCACGUCCCACUAUCGAUUCCGCCCACGAGCCGCCAUCAAAGAUAACAGUCACGACUAAGGCAACACCCGAAGAGAUCAAGGAGAAGAUGGAACAACAGUUACGCAUGCAAAGAGCAGCGCACCAGCAAAAAAGAGCACUCGAAUUGAAGAAUUUGCCGACCGGACAGGUCAUCAAGGUGGUGGGAAGUCCUGCACAAGCGGCCAGUGCUACCACUUCUACUAGUACUACUACUACUACUAGUGUUACAACUACUAAUACUACUACAUCCACUAAAUCAGCAACAUCAAACCCAACACCGAUUCAACCGAAAGGUUCCGGCGACGAUGUCCAGAUGAAGGUGGUUAAGAAUGUUAUAGUACCGAACACUGCGACGCCCGGAAAAUCGACACUGACGUCACUGUUGACUGCAAAUAACGCGGCUGGUGUGAACAAAUACGCAGGUCGGAGGAUAUUUAUGACUAAAGGACCAGAUGGUAGUACCAGAGUUAUUGCGGGAUCGCCUGGUAUAAUAACCAAAGGCGCCCAGGCCGUACAGCAGUCUCUUAUUAAGGUUCAAACGACCGGAGGUCAGACGGUACAGCAGAUACAAAUUCAACAACCAGUGACAACAGCCGCAACGCCCACCAAACAGUCCGACGUUCCUCAAAGGGUCCAGAUCAUGCGCACGCCCGACGGCCGUCUUACGGUUAAGGGUCUGAUGCCUGGUCAGCAGCUGAUCCAGAUGCCUGAUGGCAAGCUGCAGGUGCUCUGCACUACGCAAAUUCAGCAACAGACACCGGCGUCGGGCGCGGGCACCGCAUCUGCCACUACUAUUUCCAGUGGCGUCGUUCAAAAGUUGAUUCAACAGCCGUCGCCAACGACUGCCGUGGUACCAACAAAAACCGUCAUUAAAUCAGCUAUUACGUCCGCAGGCAAGGUCAUAGUGCAGCAACAGAAGAACGCGACGGUGAUUGCCGGGGUUCAACAGACGCAAGCGCAACAACAACCAUUGACACAAAGUCCAAACAAAACACAAGUUGUUAUUAAACAGCAGACCCCCGUUUUGCAGAAAGUGAACACGCCACCAGGGACUGUUGUGGUCAGCGGAGGACAGCCUGUUAUUCAGCAGCAGGUUGUUGUUAGUGGACAGCAAGUAGUUACCACCAGCGGAGGACAGCAGCAGGUCGUGACUAAUCAGUUCAUAGUUCCAAACCAGCAAGUGGCUCAACAAUUGGCUUCUGGUAAACUUCAAAUUGCUACGAUCAAUGGUCAGCAAGUUCUGAUUAGACCUACAGGAAACGGUCAGGCUCAGGUUGUUGCUCAGAUAACGACCGGUACCAUUACGCAAACCCAACAACAGACUCCUCAACCUCAGACAACUGCGGCCAUAACACCAGUGAAGCAACUCUUGCAACAACAACAGAGCAUUCAGGAUCAGCAGACUACUACAUCAGCGGCAGUGGUAACUAAUCAACAACAAACGUCGACAGCGACUAAGUCCAUUUCUGUCGAUAAUUCAAUCGAUCCUGCAACGAUGGAGCAGUUGCUCGCUGGUCAACCUCCUGGUACUGUGAUUAAAUGUGUUACUGCCCAGGUCAUACAAACGCAACAAGGGCCACGGAUUGUACUGCAAGGACUGCAAGGAGCAGACUUCACCCCGCAGCAAUUGGCUGCCGUUCAGCAACAAGUUAAACAACAAUUACUCAAAGCCCAGGCAUCUACAGGUAAACAAGGUGUUCUUGGUCCCACAAAGAUUUAUCUGGCCGUCCAACCACCCGCUUCUUCUGAUACGGCGUCGGAAUCGCAGCCCCCACCCUUGGCUCCCGUACAACAUGUCAACCAGAUGAACCAUCAGCAAAUGGCGGCGUCUGCGACAACGACGCCAGUAUCGGUGGUAACCAACAUGGUUAAACAGCAGGCAAUCAACAGUGCUGUGACGCAGACGAGCGAGGCUUCCUCAGUUCGUGAAGUGCUAGUCAAUGGUCAACAGUCUUCGGCUCUUCUACAAGCGAUGAAGGUAAACAUGGAGGCAUCUCAGCAACAGCACACGGGUGUCAUUCAGCAAACGACGAACGCCACAACCCUCGGAGGUAGUAACAGUGUGACGACAGGAAUUAGCGGCGGAGGAAGCGGAGGGGGUAAUAAGCAGUUCGUAGUCACUCCCGACUACAUCCAACAAAGUAUGUUGAUCUAUCAUCCUUCAGUCAUAGUGUAUAAUCCUAACUGUAGCUACCCAUUGCAAAACGACUACAUCAGGCGCGGUACUAACUGAGAGUUGAUAAACGGUGUGUGCUAAUAAAUUAGAUAAUGAUAAGACGUGCUAGCUCUCUUUCGUCUUUCCUUUUUUACUUUUAAUUAUGGCAAGGUAGCAUUACUCUAAAUUUAUUUUGCAAACUGCUUUAGUAAGAGACGAAAUAAAACAUUAAAACCCAAAAUUCCACAUAAACAUUGUGAAGUCUAAAACGCGAGACUGAAUGAAACCUCUGAUACCGAGGCGUGUUUUAGAUUACUAAAUGCUCCUAAUGUGUGGAAUUUUGGGGUUUAGUGUUAGUUUAGUUCCACAGAAUUGCAUUUGAUUUUCCUGUAGUAUCAAAAAAGUAUCUCAACAUAAUUAUACUUAUGUGAAGUAUUCAAUGAGCUGAAACGUAGGGUUGGUUAUGCUUAAAAGUAGCAUGAGUUUAAAAAAUAUAUAAACUGAUUUAAUCCAAAUUAAAAGAAGCGCAAUAAAUUACACUCUUAAUUUGUUAUUAUUUCCUUCCAAACAAGUAACGAUUUUCAAGUAUUAAACCAAAUUUUGCUUGGCUUUGUAUACCACUAUUGUUUUUCUGGGGUUAUUUUAAAAGUCUGAUAAUUAGUGUUAAUUGAAUUUUACAACGUGCUAUCUUGCCCUGCAACUAUUAAAAUAAAUUAUACUGGACUGAUUUGUUACACGUUGCAAAUGUUUUUAAACGUGUGCAAUGGACGUAUUUUUAUUUCGUCUGAAUUUUAAUCUGUGAUAUUUUUUGAAUGUUUUUGUAUUAAUUUUUAUUUUUGCAUCAACCGCAGUAUUAUUAUUCAGUAUUUAUUACGAAGAGAAAAAAAAGAAGUAAUACGUAAUUCAAAAUUUAUCAGAGGUGUGGUCUAUUUUGAGUGAUAUUUUUUAUGGUUGUCCAUUAUACACAUUUCUAUUCGUAAUUUAUUGAUUUUGAAUAUGAAGACUGUCCAGCAACGUUAUUAUUGCUAGUGUAAUAUGGCUGUUUGGAAACAUUUGCUACAAGCGAAACGAUUCUAAAAGGAAAACCUGUCUGCAUUUAUAAACAGCUAUAAGUGAAAUUGUAUGUAAAUGUAUUCCAAACCUAAGUAAAUAAAUUUGUUACUAUGUC